AUGAACCAUUUUCUCCACCCGCAAGGUCCUCCCGCGCGGAGCAUCAGCACCAAACCCCAUACCUUAAGGACAAAACCUCACGGUAUUAGGGGGCACGACUCCAUGACCACCCUCACGUCCCGCGUGGCGAUCCUCGCCGCGCUCCGAGCAGGUCACCCAUUGGCGUUGGACCUGGUCAGCGGGGGCCUCGCCGAGGCGGGUUUCGCAGACUGGGACUCCAGAUUUCGGGCAGGGAUGCGGAAGAGGAGCGCCUUGUUAGAGGCGGAGCGGGACGGCAGGCGAAGGAGGAAGGUGCAGGAAUCCGCAGCCAUGCGCCGGGCCAGACCCGCUGGCUUCGGAGGCCCGGGCACAAGCUCCGCGCGGCGCUGGGUGCCACGAGCUGGGGCGGCGCGCCAGGGCCAGGCGCAGGGAACGACCCAGCCCCUCCAGCAUCCCUGGAGGAAGAGCCUCCGACCGUCCAAUCCCUGUCUGUCCGCGGUCACGAAAACCAAAGCCGUUGUCCCAACCGCCGUCUCGUGCGGUGGCCCGAGAGGGCGCGCCGCGAGCGAGCGCCUUUCCAAGCGCUGGCACUUCGCGAGCAUCCUUAAUCACUAA